AUGACAGUAAUUGAAAAAGAAAAAAUGAUUAACAAAAAAAUUGAAAAUAAAAACACUACGUCUAAUACAUAUAAUGAUGACGAUGAUAUAGAUGACGACAACGAAACAAUGGUUUCUAAUAUUAAUACUUUAAGUGUUCUCGAGUAUAUUUUACGUCUGAGUGCAUUGGAAGUCAGUGAGCAAACAAAUCAUUUAGAGGUGGCUGAUGAAAAAAUUAAUUUGUUUCUUAAAGACGAUGAAUCAUCUGGUGGCGGCGGCUCGGCUGCUGCAAGUUCAACAACUGUUGAACCAUCAUCUCCAACCAAGCCUACAUCACAAUCAUCAUCAAAUGUUAUUGGCGUGGAUUCUCCAUUGGUAAAUCAAAUGAUGAAUUUAAAAAUUAAUGGUUAA